AGUGUCUCCUGGUGGCGGGGCGCGCGGGAUGGAGCGGGCUUGGGAGGCUGCGCCCGGAGGCCAAGUCGGGGCCGAGCUCCCAAUGGAGCCCGUAGGAAGCUUGGUCCCCGGGCUGGAGCAGCCGCAGGUGCCCGCGAAGGCGCCACAACCUGAAGGUCCCGAAAGCAGCCGGAGUCCGGCUGGGGCCGUGGAGAAGGCGGCGGGCGCAGGCCUGGAGCCCUCGAGCAAGAAAAAGUUGCCUUCGCCUCGCCCAGGGUCCCCGCGCGUGCCGCCGCUCAGCCUGGGCUACGGGGUCUGCCCCGAGCCGCCGUCGCCGGUCCCCGCCUUGGUCAAGCUGCCCCGGAAUGGCGAGGCGCCCGGGGCUGAGCCUGCGCCCGGCGCCUGGGCGCCCAUGGAGCUGCAGGUAGAUGUGCGCGUGAAGCCCGUGGGCGCGGCCGGUGGCAGCCGCACGCCGUCGCCCAGGCCCUCCACGCGCUUCCUCACGGUGCCGGUACCCGAGUCCCCUGCCUUCUCCCGCCACGCGGACCCGGCGCACCAGCUCCUGCGGCGCGCACAGUCCCUGGGCGGCACGUGGGGCCGCGGCUCGCCGCUGGCUGCAGCCCGGACGGAGAGCGGCUGCGACGCCGAGGGCCGGGCCAGCCCCGCCGAAGGAAGCGCCGGCUCCCCGGGCUCCCCCACGUGCUGCCGCUGCAAGGAGCUGGGGCUGGAGAAGGAGGAUGCGGCGCUACUGCCCUGCGCGGGGUUGGACGGCGACAAGAAGCUACCCCGGGCCGUAACGCUUACGGGGCUACCCAUGUACGUGAAGUCCCUGUACUGGGCCCUGGCGUUCAUGGCUGUGCUCCUGGCAGUCUCUGGGGUUGUCAUUGUGGUCCUGGCCUCAAGAGCAGGAGCCAGAUGCCAGCAAUGCCCCCCAGGCUGGGUGUUGUCCGAGGAGCACUGUUACUACUUCUCUGCAGAAGCACAGGCCUGGGAAGCCAGCCAGGCUUUCUGCUCAGCCUACCACGCUACCCUCCCCCUGCUAAGCCACACCCAGGACUUCCUGGGCAGAUACCCAGUCUCCAGGCACUCCUGGGUGGGGGCCUGGCGAGGCCCCCAGGGCUGGCACUGGAUCAACGAGGCCCCCCUCCUGCCCCAGCUACUCCCUGAGGACGGCGAGGACAAUCUGGAUAUCAACUGCGGGGCCCUGGAGGAAGGCAUGCUGGUGGCUGCAAACUGCAGCACUCUAAGACCCUGGGUCUGUGCCAAGGGGACCCAGUGAUCUGGGCUCUGCCUGUCCUCAGCCUGCCAGGCAGAUGCAGCACCCCCUACAGGGGAGGCCAGUUGAGAGCUUGGGCAGCCUCUUCCUGGACCCAGGCAUCCAGGUCUCCCUGCUGUGCCCAAGGGGGCCACAUGAGCGAGCCUAUGAGCUGGACUUCAACCCAGGAAGAUGCAUCCGAGGGAAAGAUUUUCUAUGGCCUCAGGCCUGAAUGCCAAUAUUAGUCUCCAGCUUCUGUGGGUGAUUGGUUUGAUGACAUUGGGAUGGUUGUUUAGCAUUUCUGUGCCUUGGUUUCAUUAAAAUGACAAUUUCUCCCUAGAGGAAAAAGACAGGGUUAAUAACCACAGCUGAUUCCAAUCUGGGUUCUCAUUCCGGCUCAUGGAAACGAGUCUGCCGUUGUUCGGUGGCAGUGGGACUUGGCAGGGAUAGCGUCAUUGUUGUGAAUUCUAUUUCAGGCUGCUGGGUGUACAUCGGACACAGCCUACCGGCAGCCUCUGUGGAAAAUUAACCAAGCAAAAGGAGCGGUCAGCCCUGGGAGGAGGGAAGAGCGAGGUUUUCCUUCCCCGCCCUGAGAGUUGGCAAACGGUUGGCAGACAGGAAGGUUCUGGGUGGAGGUACCCACAUGUGGGCUGGCCAGCCCCUGGCACGCUGAUGCCCAAGGGUGAGACAAGGCAGAGAGGACAGGGCCACCUGGCAGGAGAAGCCAGGAGAGCACCCCAGCUUGGUAGGUGGAAGCUGAGGAGUCUGAGUGAGAAAGGAAAUCAGAGAAAUGCGGGCAGGUUCCAGGCAGCUCUUCUACCCACAGCUGCAGAGAUGACCAGCCUGAAGAUGUCUGCAUGCUGGGGUGCAGUGAAGACCUUCAGGCUGGAGGAAGUGGCUGACAGAGUUGCGUAGUCCCU